CUUCGCCAGCGCCGCGCCAUGUUGUCUCCACGCUUGCGACCCCUGGUGGCUUUGGCGCCGGUCAGCUCUCAGAUUCGGCCAGGCUUGGGACCGCGCCGCCGUCUCCACAGCAUACGGCGUAUUGAAUCCGAAAGCGCACUGCUGGGACUAGGCUGUGCACUCUUUGCACGGUAUCGACCGCGGGCCCACUUCACACGCUUCGUCAAGCGUGUGUUUUCGCGCAGGUGGGAAGUGAUCAAAGAUCAGGAUGCUGAAGAGGUUCCAGAGGCCUACUACAAAAUCGAAGAAAAUCAUUUGAAGCCUUGCACUUUGCAGGUGAAUGACAAGAAGUUAUUCUUCUGCCUCAAGCCACACGAGUCCAUGCCCAAAGAUGCCAAGCGCUGCGCUUCGAAUCUCAGCGGAAGGUGCAACACCUGCAAGAGUCGCAUGCCAAUCUACGCACAGCUCAUUGGCAUCGACGGCAAACACAUGUGCUUCGCCGAGGAGCUGGCCAUGAUUUUUGACAGUCAUGGAUCCAGAUCCUUUCUCAACAUCUUUGGGAACCUCAGCAGACUGGGAGGCGACCAGAUAAGAAGCAGCAAUCCAGCGGAUUACCAAGUGGUGAUCAUCGAUGAGGAAUUCUUUAAGGCAAACCCCAAAGCGGUCGGUCCGUUCGAGCACAUGCACUUUGUGAAGGAGGACGUCUCGGCGACAGAUCUCUCGGAGAGGCUCAAGAAGCUGAAGAACUACUUGAACGGAAGCUUUGAGAACCGCUUCCAGAAGUUAGUCAUGAUCUACGCCAUGCUGACGGGCCGCAUCAGCUCCUUGUUGCAGGCCAGCAACUUAGUGGACUUCAUGGAGGGUGCUGAGAACAGCAGUGCCCUGUGCGCCAUGAUGGACGACCGCAGCAACCCGGAGACCUAUCAGGUGUCGCGCGUGGCUGAUCGCCUCCGUGAGAAUCGCGUCGCAUCCCUGUGCACCGUGACGUUGAUGUGGGGCUUGGAUGGUGCACCCUACAAGUCGGAUUUGGACAUCCACACCUGGGUCAAUGGAGUUGAGCUCUACUAUGGAGUCCGAACUGUGGGAAAAUGCAAGUUGGAUUUUGAUGCCAACGCCAGCACCAUCGAGAAGAACCCGGCAGAGAACAUCUCGUUGAAUCAGACUGGAACUUUCACCUUUUGCGUCAACAACUUCAACAACCGUGACGCAGCCGACGUUCCCUUUAAGGUGAUUGUGAGGAAGUCUGGACAAGAUACCAGGCUGCAGCGGUCCAGUGGUCCAUGGUACAGUGGUCCUGAUGGAAAUAGAGAUUUUGGUUUGUCCGAAAUAUACCCGGCCUGGUAA